AAAAAAAAAAAAAAAAUUGAAUCUAAUUGUCUCCUUCGUCGACUUCAGUGAUUAACCAUAGAGAGCGUUGUCUUAUUGAAGUGGGGCUAUUUAGCCCCUAAUCUAUGCCCCUUUUUAUACAUAUCCCAAACUAUCCGUCAGCGAAUAUUCUGUCUGCAAAGUACGAUCGUGAAAUCAAGUCGUCUCAGAAACGAUUUAAAGACGGCUUAUUUAGGAUGCGCCUUUUGAAAACAAGUCCCCAGGACGGGGGCAAGUUAGUCUCAGUCGAAAAGAAUCCGAACGAGAUGAUCGGUUUGCGAUACGCUAUCUUGUCGCAUACACGAGGAAAGGAUGAACUAGUUUAUGAAGAUAUCAUCUAUGGCAUAGAGGAAAUUAAGUCAAAAACGUCGCGAAACAAGGUGCGCAUGGUCAGUGACAUAGCGGCGCAAGAAGAUAAUGAGUACAUUUGGAUAGAUACCUGCUGCAUCGACAAAAGCAGCAGUGGGGAGCGUUCGAGUGUCUGCCACGUCUGUAGUGCGGUCAUGAUCGAAGUACUAUCUCGUCGACAUCGGUGUGGAGAAAAUCAAGCGCUCUCCGCAGGCCUCUGAGAGGGUGUUUGGAGCUUAUGAAGUCGCUACUGGGUCUGGGCUGCGAAAUGGACAGAGCACGGCGUCGGCAUGUCCUGCUGAUCUAUCUAUGGAAGAAGAAGAGGGCGAAAAGAAAGUCAAGCAUAAAAGGUCGCGAUGACGACUGGCUAAGUGAUAAGAAAAGUAAGCAAGACAUGCUAAAAAGCAGGCAGU